AGUGACCAGGCAAUGCAGCUGUUAGCAGAAGCGUUUAGAGAGUGUAGGCCCGAUUAUUUGAACAAGCUGGACCAUUGCCAUUUUAAARGAUUCCAGAAGAAAAACAAAACAUUUUGAAAAUAAAUUAUAUGCUUUAAAAGAAUGCUGCAAAAGACGUUUAUAUGGAAGUGAAAGAUUAAGAGUACUUUAAAGAAACAAGGACUGCGUCCCAGCAAUGAUACACUAAUUCAAUAGGAGCUGCUAUUUCUGACGGAAGCCUAUUCAUCAUGGCCWGUGCUGCUAUUUCUGUGGGUUUUACUAUUCCUCAGUUACUGAGAGGUACUAGUAGAAUUUUUCCCACUCAUUCAGCAUUGGUGGUCUUGAGGCACUCUGCUUUUUGUUACUGCACAGUGAAUGGCACCACAAAAUCAAAAAGAAAAAUGGAUCAUCUAGAGAGAACAGCAAAUAAUUUUCGCCAGGAGAUGAUUUCACAAGCAAAAGUGUGUGGAAUUACCAGUGAAUCAGAGACAGUGAAAAGGCUUCGCUUGGCUAUCGUAAAUAAAGAUUUUACUUUCAAAGCAGGACAAUGGGUUGAUUUCUUUAUUCCUGGAAUUUCUGUAGUUGGAGGAUUCUCAAUAUGUUCAAGCCCUGGCCUGUUGGAACGAGAAGGGGUAUUAGAGCUAGCAGUCAAGAACGCUYCUCAUCCUCCUGCUCACUGGAUUCACACAAAGUGUGUCCCUGGCUCCGAGGUGGCUCUGCGAGUGGGAGGCGACUUCUUCUUUGAUCCUCAUCCUGGGGACCCCCCUGUGGAAGUGGUGCUGGUGGCAGGGGGUGUUGGCAUUAACCCGCUGUUCUCCAUACUGCUGCAUGUGGCRGAUCUGCACGGAUCUCAGGAGCAUAAAGGAGGUGGAUACAAAGUGGGACCUGUGAGGCUCUACUACAGUGCAAAAAAUACAAACGAACUCUUAUUUAAGAAGGACAUUCUUGGCCUGGCGGAUGCCUUCCCUGGAAGGAUCACGUGCCGCUUCCACGUCACUCAGCAGCGCUCGCGGGUCUGCGGGGAGCUGCAGCCCCACGUCUCAGAGGGAAGAAUAUCUGAAGAGGAUCUAAAAAAACACGUAUCUAAGGAUACCUUGUGGUAUAUCUGUGGGCCCCCUCCAAUGAUCGAAUCUGUAUCRAGACUACUAGCAAACAUUGGUGUUCCUAGCGACUGUGUUUUCUUUGAGAAAUGGUGGUAGCGACAGUGGUUGGACAGAAAAAAAAUAUAGUAUUUGUUUUCAUUUUAUUUUGAUAAGGUAACAUGUACAGAAAAUCAACUGUGACCUAACUGCCAGGUUUCACCCCAUACCUGAAGCCAUCCUGAAUCAUGAUGGUGCUCCCUGGAUGUAACUAUAAUGCAUCUUUAAUCCAGUGCUGCUACCUU